AUGAAGUGGUUUCUUAUACUUCUCAGUGUGCUGAGUGCUAUCCUUAUAUCUUGUAGCAGUUCCGAGAAAGUUCGUUACGAUAACUAUCGAAUUUUUCAAAUAAGACCUGACAAUUCAGUGCGUUAUAAUUUGCUGGAGAAUCAUAUCGGUAACGAGAGCUAUCAAGUUUUGCGAUAUCCCAGGCAUGAAGAUGGUAUCAGUGAACUAUUGGUGCCGCCUGAAAAAGUUGAAUCUUUUAAGAAUUUUCUUGAAUCAGAUGGGUUUGACUUCGACGUAGUUGUAGGCAACGUUCAAAAGCUUAUUGACGAAGAGGAAGCAGAUCAAGUCGGACGUGAUGAUUUCAGUUGGACAGCUUACCACAAUCUGGAUCGCAUUUACGGAUGGCUGGAUCAUAUACUGGAAACAUACCCGCAAGAAACCUCUGCAUUUGUCAUUGGGAAAUCUUUCGAAGGUCGCGAGAUACGUGGCUUGAAAAUUUCAUAUAAACCUAACAAUCCGGGAAUAUUCGUUGAGUCGAACAUACACGCUAGGGAGUGGAUAACAUCUGCCACUGCUACAUACCUCAUUAAGGCUUUGUUGACCUCAAACGAUACAAAUGUUCAAAAUAUCGCCAGAAAUUUCGACUGGUAUAUUAUUCCAGUUGUGAAUGUUGACGGGUUUGUUUAUUCGCAUCAGCACAAUCGCAUGUGGCGGAAAACUCGACAACCUCACAGUUCCUUAUGUAUUGGAGCCGAUCCAAAUCGGAAUUUUGACAGCUAUUGGAUGGCCAAUGGAGGCGCGUCAAGUCAGCCAUGCUCGGAAACUUAUGGUGGACCAAAACCCUUCUCUGAGCCAGAAACCCUAGCGUUAGCUAAUUUUUAUCGGUCUAUAUCAAGAAAAGUCACUUUGUAUUUGGCUUUUCAUUCAUAUGGUCAAUAUAUCCUUUUUCCAUAUGGACACACUAAUAAGGAAGCACCGAAAAAUUUAAGGGAUUUAACAACUGUUGCAGAUGAUGCUGCUAAAGCGAUAAGAAAUUUGUAUGGAACGAGAUACACAGUUGGCACUGUGGCUGGAACCCUAUAUAUUGCUAGUGGAGGCGGUUCUGAUUGGGCUUACAAUGAAGGCGGAGCUCGCUUAGCAUAUACCUUCGAAUUCAGGGACAAAGGGAACACUGGAUUUCUUUUGCCAGCUCGACAAAUUAUACCCAAUGCAGAGGAGACCUUGGAUGGAAUAGUAGCUAUGUUAAAAAGUGCCAAAAAUUUAGCGUACUUUUAAGACAAAGUGAAAGAAGGAUAGGGAAAAAUAGGUAUAUUGUAUCAGCAAGCAAAAUAAUAUUUUCCUUAUAAAAGGAAACUUGUUGUGAGUGCUGAAGCAUUAGAUACAUUUUUAAAAAUGCCUUUACUGAGGUUUUGGAUGCAUCAUCCUAGGUUUCGAAUUAAGAUAGAUGAAUGUGGAUAAUAAGUUCAUUUUAUU